UCCCUGUGCUAUUUUUACGUUGUAGUGAGGGGUGGGCUCAUAGGAGAGCUUGUAAAGCCCUCCUCUGGGCUGAAACUGCAGAGUGAGCAAAGAGGGCCGGCUCACUCUGUGGUCCCGUGGUGAUUUUCGCUGGAACUUUUUGUUUGCUUGAAAGAAGUAAUGGAGAUAAACGGAGCAAUGCUUUGGGAAGUUUGAGCUGAGAAGGAUUCAUUCUGUUUUUUUGUUAAACUCACUGGAUUAAAGAGGCUUGAGACACUUUUCUGUUUCAAACUUCAUGUUGUGGUUUUGCUGUUUUGUCAUUCUGACUGGGACUUGUUGAGCAGAGAGGUGACAAACUAUGGUUGAAACCACCUGUGUAAUUGCCUAGCAACAGGAGCCCUGCUGACAGGGUCUAACUACGCCAUGUCUAACGGGGGCGGGGCACCCAGCAGCAGCACCCACCUGUUGGACUUCCUAGAGGAGCCCAUUCCUGGUGUGGGGACCUACGACGACUUCCACACCAUUGACUGGGUCCGUGAGAAGUGCAAGGACCGUGAGAGGCACCGGAAGAUCAACAGUAAGAAAAAGGAGUCAGCAUGGGAGUUCACAAAGAGCCUGUACGACGCCUGGUCCGGGUGGCUGGUGGUGACGCUCACCGGCUUGGCCUCAGGUGCUUUGGCUGGCCUGAUUGACAUUGCUGCUGAUUGGAUGAACGACCUGAAGGAGGGCGUAUGUCUGAGCGCCAUGUGGUUCAACCACGAGCAGUGUUGCUGGACGUCCAAUGAGACCACCUUUGCUGAGCGGGACAAGUGUCCUCAGUGGAAGAGCUGGGCUGAGCUAAUACUGGGGCAGGCCGAGGGGCCCGGCUCGUACAUCAUGAACUACUUCAUGUACAUCUACUGGGCUCUGUCCUUCGCCUUCCUGGCCGUCUGUCUGGUCAAGGUGUUUGCUCCCUACGCCUGUGGCUCGGGGAUCCCUGAGAUCAAGACCAUCCUGAGUGGGUUCAUCAUCCGGGGCUACCUGGGCAAGUGGACCCUGAUGAUCAAGACCAUCACUCUGGUGCUGGCUGUGGCGUCUGGCCUCAGCCUGGGGAAGGAGGGCCCCCUGGUCCACGUGGCCUGCUGCUGUGGGAACAUCUUCUCCUACCUCUUCCCCAAGUACAGCAAGAACGAGGCCAAGAAACGAGAGGUUCUGUCUGCUGCGUCGGCAGCUGGGGUGUCUGUUGCUUUUGGAGCCCCGAUCGGAGGAGUGCUCUUCAGUUUGGAGGAGGUGAGCUACUAUUUCCCUCUCAAGACGCUGUGGCGCUCCUUCUUCGCCGCCCUGGUGGCGGCCUUCAUCCUGCGCUCCAUCAACCCAUUUGGUAACAGCCGUCUGGUGCUGUUCUACGUGGAGUACCACACUCCAUGGUACCUGUUUGAGCUCAUCCCUUUCAUCCUGCUGGGAGUUUUCGGAGGCCUCUGGGGGGCCUUCUUCAUCCGAGCCAACAUUGCUUGGUGCCGGAGGCGCAAGUCGACACGUUUCGGAAAGUACCCGGUAUUGGAAGUGAUCUUGGUGGCGGCCAUCACAGCUGUGGUUGCUUUCCCGAACCCAUACACUCGUCAGAACACCAGCGAGCUGAUAAAGGAGCUGUUCACUGACUGCGGCCCACUGGAGUCCUCGCAGCUCUGCCAGUACCGCAGCCAGAUGAACGGCAGUAAGGCGUUCACAGACAACCCCAACCGGCCUGCAGGGCCUGGCGUCUACGCUGCCAUGUGGCAGCUCUGCCUGGCGCUCAUCUUUAAAAUCAUCAUGACCAUAUUCACCUUUGGACUAAAGGUACCAUCAGGUUUGUUUAUCCCCAGCAUGGCCAUCGGAGCCAUCGCAGGCCGAAUCGUUGGCAUCGCCGUGGAGCAGCUGGCCUAUUAUCACCAUGACUGGUUCUUGUUCAAAGAAUGGUGCGAGGUGGGAGCAGACUGCAUCACUCCAGGGCUGUACGCCAUGGUGGGGGCCGCCGCAUGUCUGGGCGGUGUGACCCGUAUGACCGUCUCCCUGGUCGUCAUUGUCUUCGAGCUGACUGGUGGUUUGGAGUACAUCGUCCCCCUCAUGGCUGCCGUCAUGACCAGCAAAUGGGUGGGCGACGCGUUCGGCCGCGAGGGAAUCUACGAGGCCCACAUCCGUCUGAAUGGAUACCCCUUCCUGGACGCCAAGGAGGAAUUCACACACACCACGCUGGCCAGGGAAGUGAUGAGGCCCCGACGCAGCGACCCGCCGUUAGCAGUGCUGACGCAGGAUGACCUGACAGUGGAGGAGCUGCAGAGCACCAUCAAUGAAACCAGUUAUAAUGGUUUCCCUGUGAUAGUGUCUAAGGAGUCCCAGAGGCUGGUGGGCUUCGCUCUGCGCAGGGACAUCACUAUCGCUAUAGAAAACGCUCGUCGCAAGCAGGAGGGCAUCAUGUUGAACUCCAGGGUGUACUUCACCCAGCACGCACCCACCCUGCCAGCCGACAGCCCUCGGCCCCUCAAACUGCGCUCCAUCCUGGACAUGAGCCCCUUCACCGUCACCGACCACACCCCCAUGGAGAUCGUUGUGGACAUCUUCAGAAAGCUCGGGCUGCGCCAGUGCCUGGUCACUCACAACGGGAUUGUGUUGGGCAUCAUCACAAAGAAGAAUAUAUUAGAGCAUCUGGAGGAGCUCAAGCAGCACACGGAGCCCCUGGCGGCUUCUUGGUAUUAUCACAAAAAAAGAUAUCCUUCGUCACAUGGCUCAAAUGGCAAACCAAGAUCCCGAGUCCAUCAUGUUCAACUGAUCCGCUCCUUCCAGGACGGCUGGGGAGGAGGGGGAGACGACAGCGAGGAGGAGGAGGUGGUGCGCCUCCUGGACGGCUCCAAUCUCUGACAUUCGGACCCCGUUUUUUCUUUUUAGUUUUCAGCUUUGUAGACCCUGAACCUCGCGGACUGACUGUGGCCCCAGAGAUUUACCGGCCACAAGAGGGAAAGAUAAAGACUUAAUUAUUAUUGUUCUGGCUGCUGAGGACACGCGGAGGUCACGGGUUGAAGGCACACACAUGAGGAAUGCACUUUUUACACACCCACACACACACACACACACACGCACACAAACAAAUCACACAACAACACACUUUUGCACCUGCAGACACCUCAAACAUGCAUGCUCUCUCUCCACAUAACCUGUAAAGAUACACCCGUUUGCACUCUUCAUGUGCCUCACCCUUGUCCUGUCUCCGCUGAGGUCAUGGUAGACGUCGCCUGGCAGGGGUCAAAGGUCAGAAUGAACCGCCGAUGCUGGACGCGAUGAGGGACCUUGAAACCUCCAGGCUUCUGUUCAGAUAAAACUUCCUCACCCGCCCCCCUGCACACACACCAGACCUGUCCGUCCUCCAGAGAAAUACAUUGUUUACCUGUGAAUUAAGUGUGUGUGAGAACGUGUGUGUGUGUAUGUGGAAGUGUGUGUGUGUGUGUGUGUGUGUGUGUGUGUGUUGCCUAGCGCCACUACAUUCCAGGCAGGUUACCAUGGGAACUGAGAGGACGUGCACCUGCUCCUCACCCCCAAAACGUGGCAGAAAGUCAUGAUCGCAUGGCUGCUCUCCCCGGGUGCACGUUGAUCUAAUGAGAUGGCUUUAACAAGUUGUGUGUGUGUGUGUGUGUGUGUGUGUGUGUGUGUGUGUGUGUGUGUGUGUGUGUGUGUGUGUGUGUGAGACAGAGGGAGGUAAAGAGAGAUAGAUGGGUACUGUAUUUCAAGAACAAAAGGAGAAAACUGGAAAAACUAAGACCUUCAUGAGUGUGUGUUUUUAUUUUUCAUUUCUGAGCCAGCUUCAGCUGUGUGCGUGAGCGUGUGUGCCUGCGUGCGUGUGUGUGUCACUCCCGUUUAUUCAUCAUUAUGAAGGCAGGCUGAUUGUGAACGUGAAGCAAACAACAAAAUGAGGAAUAAGCGUCCAUGUUCAGUUCUUCCAUGUUCUCUGUUACAGUUCAGUCCCUUCAGGAUUUCGCAGGCUGUUUUGAGAUUGUUGUGACCUGUAGUUGAUUUCAUGGCAGUUUGCGAUGCACAUUGCGAUGUUUAUAGGCGUUUUUUGCAAUGAAAUCGCCGGGGCAAGUGAAAAUUACCAAAAUAGUUGUGAUGCUGUCUCAGUGUGUCCCACAGAAUUAGAAUCUGUUUGUGAUGGCCACUCAAAGCAGUGCUGAAGGACCGUCCCCGUGAGAGGCUCUCCUCUGCCUGAAUAGCAUGAGCUAACAAAAAUAGUACAACAUGAUUUCGCCACUACUCGUCAUAAUUUGCCACUUAGGCAGAAGCCUAGCAGCAGCGGUUAAAUUCGAGCCUUUAAUCUCGCACCAAAAUGGCUCCACUGUCCGUAAACCUGCAAGUAAUCAGUAGGUUAAGUUAGCUUUGUGAUGCUAACAGUUAGCAGUGUCACUGUGUGUCUGUGACUCCGGUCCCACAGCAGCUGUCUCAGAGGGGCUGAGCGAAUCAAUACGCUGCGUGCUGCUCUACAAUUAAGUGAAAUGUUACCCAUCUUAAAUAAUCAAAUUUGCGGUAAAGUCGAGGUGGUUGGACAAAAUUGUAAGGUCGCGCAGAAUUCACAGGGAUUGGCUAGAUUUGCUUUGAUUGCUGCAGCUGCAACAUCGCAAAAUCCUGGAGGGACUGUAUAUCACUUUCCUUGUUCUUCUCAAACUAUUACUCAUGCUAUUUUUGUAUUAUUGAUGGUACUGUACUCAGUUAUGUAUUUACAGCUUGAUGCAAAACAAAACUGGAAAUCUGCACCGUUUUAAGUGAUCACUUACAGUGGAGGAGGAUGUUCAUGCUACACAGUGACCUCUUGGUUUUUGUUUCUUUGUCUGAAAUCUGUCCACGUCUGAGUUUAAACACCAGUUCAGCAUUAAUGUUUUCUUUUUCUUUUAACUGUACAGAUAGUUUUAAUUUAUUAUGGAUUGUCAAAUAACAAAGACUAAAGUUAAUUGUCAUGAAAAAACGACCCUAUUUUAUCCACCCUGCUCUCACACUUGCAACAAAUUUAGCAGCGCACAGUUGGAGUUUCACCCACAUCCUGUAAAGCUCCCCUACUAAACACCUGUUUCCAGGAGAAUGGAAAUGGUUGCCUGUGCUGCAGCUCAUAAACUUUGACAAAAUCAAUGCUAUUUUGUUGCAAGUGCCCGAUAAGUAUCGUGCAUGUGCAACCCUCAGAAAUGAGAACGAAGCAAGACAGCUAACUAUUUAGCUAAUUACAUCAUCAGCUCCAGAAAAAACAAUGUGUUUAAUUGGUUUUUUUGCCCUAUCAGACAAGUGAGUUGUUAGAUUAACAUGCCCAACAUGGAUAUUUAACUAGCCCCAAGCAAUCAAGCAAACCUUAUUGUUGAGCCCUGAAUUUUCAAACAGCAGCUGUAUUUGUCACAUACAAUGUCCCCCCUCAGUUUAUCAGAGGAAAGAUAGACCAGUCGUCUUCUCAUUAGACCCUGACAGAUUCUGUUUAACACUCCAUUAGCCUAAUUUUCCACCUGGGCAAAGACUCAAAAAAAAAAAGCAGUCUCAAAAUGUAAAGAGAUGGUUUUUUUAAUCUAUCUGGCACAUUGGCGGAGGUUUCUGUGAAGUGCUGUAAAGUUUAGUUGAUUCAAAACACACAUUAAACACACAUUAAACAUGGCUUAAUAGAGACAAUUUCAAACACAAGUACACAAACCAGCUUCACUAUAACUCGCAGCAUUCACAGACAAACACUUGUCUUUAUCUGGACACAUUUUCCCCACAAAUACAACAUGCUAACGUUAUUAGCACAAGUCUAUGGCAUUUUACAUUGUAUAAAUUAGCCUAGUGACUAGCGGAGAUGUCCUCUGCUCAUAUGAAGCCAGGAUAAAUUACACACAAGACUUAAAAUGCUAUUUUUGUGGAGGCUUUAUUGUCUUCACAAUUUAUUGUUUAUUGUCUGUGAAAUUAAAGUAAAUAAAAGCUUUGUUUCCACUGAGGGAAAUGGUUUCAGCUUACAGAAAUAGACGAGAGGUCUGCGUCACCACAACACCAUUACAUUUCUAAAUUCCAUCCUAAGAGUUAAGAUUUUAAAUAGAGAGAUUAAUAACACUGUUCAAGCCCAAGUUUGACGAAAUAACCUCAGUUUAAGGAGCAGAGUGAAGCAUUUAGUGGCAUCUAGUGGUGAGAUUGCAGAUUGCAACCAACUGAAUACCCCUUAACAAACAAACUGUCUCACAAACUUGACACUUUCUUAUGCAGAAAAACCCACCAAGACAUGUAGAUUAUUAAACACCAUUAGGCGGACCUGUGAUAACUGGACCUUAAUAGGAUUUCGUCAGCAGCUUCCAAGGACAGGGACAAGCUGACGAGCUCCAAAUUAGUUAAUUUUGAGUAAAACCUUCCUUUGAAUUCUGACGCCACAUCCAGUCGAUCAUCUCACGGCCCUUUAAGAACCACUGACAUCGAUGUAAAACACAUCCAGCCUCAUCUACACUCUGCUUGUGGUUACAGCAGGUGGUGCUCAGUCUCGCACAUCCAGUCUUGCUACACCUGCCAAGUGCCUGGCAAAGGUUUUUUGGCUUUUCCCACCUGCAUUUCAUCCAAAACCCCCAAAUGAAACACCUGCUACUCCCACCAGCCUUUCCCCUCUUUGUCCUCACAACAUGUGACAUGUUUGAUCCUUUAAAGUGCAAACGAUGAAGGGAAAUGAAGUGACGGGGGAGACGGUGAAGCAGGGACAAACAGUAGCACUUUACCUGCAGAGUGGUGGCAGUAGUGUUUGUGUGUGCGUGCGUGCGUGUGAGUGAAUGAGUGUAUGUGUGUGAGGAAGGUCGGGUUCAUCCUGUGUACUUGUUUCCGUUGCAGCGACUGCUCCUGCUGCGUGUCGACGGGCAGCAGAGCCAGAUCGUCUUUGUUAACCAGUGGUGUUGCCUAACAUUGUAUUUCAUACUGAUCUCGAUGUUUUCUCCUUUUUUUUUUUCUUUUUUUUUUUAAUUUAUGGGUAGUGUCGAUAGAGUUGUGCAUUAUUAUGAAAAAUUUUAUGUAUGAUUACAUUGAUUGUUUGAUUGUACAUUUAAAACAAAAAUAUGUAAAGAUUAAAUUUUGUUUUAAAUUAAAAGGAACAAAAAGAUUCAAGUUGCACAGG